CCGCAGCCGCCGCCGCCGCGUCCCCGCCGCUCGCUGCAGGAACAUGGCGGGGUCGGUGGCCGACAGUGACGCCGUGGUGAAACUUGAUGAUGGGCACUUAAACAACUCCCUGGGUUCUCCAGUUCAAGCCGACGUGUACUUCCCACGACUGAUAGUUCCAUUUUGUGGACACAUUAAAGGUGGCAUGCGACCAGGCAAGAAGGUAUUAGUGAUGGGCAUCGUAGACCUCAACCCAGAAAGCUUUGCCAUCAGCUUGACGUGUGGUGACUCGGAAGAUCCUCCUGCCGAUGUGGCGAUUGAACUCAAAGCUGUCUUCACAGACCGGCAGCUCCUCAGAAACUCUUGUAUUUCAGGAGAAAAGGGUGAAGAGCAGUCAGCAAUUCCUUAUUUCCCAUUCAUCCCGGACCAGCCAUUCAGGGUGGAGAUUCUUUGCGAGCACCCGCGGUUCAGAGUGUUUGUGGAUGGACACCAACUUUUCGAUUUUUACCAUCGUAUUCAAACCUUAUCUGCAAUUGACACCAUAAAGAUCAAUGGGGACCUCCAGAUCACCAAACUCGGCUGACGGUUAAAGCGCUUCUGUUUCAAAUAGGAUCAGGUGCCACAGCCUCAUGACUGUCUGACAGAAGUGUCCUAGCAAGAUCCGGAGACGUAAAACGAAAACAAAAAGGCACAUUUCACUGUCUCUUUCUGUGCAGUUUAAGUCCGAAUGACAACUUCAUCUGUGCUUUGCCCAGAGGAAGAAAGCUCACAAGAAAGACGGCCGAGCCAUUAUACUGAGAACAAAGUAAUACAUUUAUGCUGGAUUUUAUUCAGACUAGACUAAAAUGGACUUGUGGUGAUUUAUGAUUUGGUAGCAAUUAUCCGUCAUUUCAGAGCAAGGUGAUAUUUAGAAACAAAAGUGCUAAAGACCUUGAAAACAACAACGGUACACCAAAUCGGUGCGUUUCUGCACUGAAAUGGAAUUGUGUAAGCACAACCGACAUUUUAGUCAGGGUAUUUACAUAGAAUGUAGAUUGUGCAAGGUUUGGUUUGUAUGUUUCCUUGGGGUUUUUUGGCUUCGAUUUAGUUUUGU